GUUCAGUCGUUCAGUGAGUGUUGCCGUAUACGCAGCUUAAAGUUGAAUUUGGUUGCAAAUUUCAAAGUUAAAAAAAAAAGUUAAUAAUAAAAUUGAUUACACAGAUGUAAUAAUAAAAUUAUUAUAAAUUACAAUUGUACCGAUGUAACACGACAAGUAUAUAAUUUAAACAGAGAGAAAAAUACACAAAAAAUUUUUUUUGGUAUAAAUAGUGAUCGCGAAUUAUAAUACCGAGAAUUACUUAACAAGCAAAUUAGUUGAUUGUUGUAUGAUAUAUAAAUACCAUACGCAGAGAGACUAAUUCAGAAUUUGAGAGACAUUUGCAAUUUGAAUUAAAACAUCGGGUAAAUAACAGAAUAAUAUCGAUACAUAUUUACAUACAUCGAGUAUAUACAUACGUACCAAGAAGAAUAUUUUAUACAAGAGAGACAAGUGAUUGUUGCACAGCAACUCGGUGUAUUUCUACAAGUUUCUAGAAAACACCGACUGAAGAAGAAAAGUGAGUGGUGGAAAAUUCGCAUAAAAUAUUAUUUUUUUUCGUGAAGAGCCGUUUCAACAAAAUUUAUUCAUAUGAUAUCUGCUUGGAUAAAUCCCUAUAAUGAAAAGAGUGGGACCCUAGAUUCAUCCCAUUCGAGGCAAUCCUCAGACAUGGAAAAUUUUCAAGUUGACGAUGGUUUUCAUUCCGAUGGUGGAUCGGUCACACCACCACCUAGUCCCGGUUCCAGCAGUUCCAGUAGUACGACUUGCAGUAGCUCCAGCAGCUCAAUAUCAUCAACAUCCGAUCAUGGUUCACUGGAAAGUGUCGACACCGGCACCCAAAGACUGGCCGUUUUGUCGUUCGAACAGUGUCGUAAGCUAAGUGAAGUUAUGAGUGAAACAGUAUCAAUACACGGACGUGGUAAUUUUCCCACUCUGGAAGUGAAGCUCAAAGAUUUGGUGACGUUAGUUAGAAAGAAAUUAGAAUUAGAUGUUGCAUCGGGCGGCGCUGGAAUGACUGUGAAAGAUAUUCGAUUGAAUGGCGGCUUAGCUAGUCACGUAUUAGGCAGUGAGCCACAAUCGUACAACGACUUAGAUUUAAUAUUUGGUGUUGAGUUCAGCACAAGCCGACAUUACGAUCGAGUCAAAUCAGCCGUGUUGAGCACAUUAUUUGAUCUAUUGCCAGAAGGCGUGUCUCGGCGACGUAUCACUCAAUGUUCCUUAAAAGAGGCUUACGUAGGCAAAAUGGUUAAAGUAAACAAUAACAAUGAUGGAGAUCGAUGGAGUCUGAUUUCACUUGGUAACUCGCCCGGCCACAAAAAUGUUGAACUCAAAUUUGUUGACACAAUGCGACGUCAAUUCGAAUUCAGUGUUGACUCAUUUCAAAUCGUCUUGGACACCCUGUUUUUAUUCUACGACUGCGCCGCUCUACCGAUCACCGAAAACUUUUAUCCAACCGUCGUUGGAGAAUCGGUCUAUGGCGAUUUCCAGGAAGCAUUAUAUCACUUAGAAAAGAAAUUGAUCUCAACCAGGCAACCCGAAGAGAUUCGUGGCGGUGGACUGUUAAAAUAUUGUAAUUUAUUGGUACGAAACUAUCGACCGGUAGACCAUGACCGAAUCAAGUCAUUGGAACGAUAUAUGUGCUCAAGAUUUUUCAUCGAUUUCCCGGAUAUAUCAACGCAAACAGUCAAAUUGGAAGCCUAUUUAAGGAAUCACUUUUGGGGCGCCGACGAAGAACACUUACAAUAUCAGUACCUGAUGCAUUUACAUGAUGUCGUUGAGACUUCAACAGUCUGUUUGAUGGGACACGAACGUCGUUCAUCAUUAUUGCUCAUUCAAACGCUAGCCAUGCAAGUUUACUAUCGCGAACAACAAAAGCAACAACAGUUCCAGCAACAUCAGCAACACCAACACCACCUUCAACAACAACAUCAGUUACAACAGCAACAACAACAACAACAGCAGCAGCAACAACACCAACAGCAGCCACAGCAGUUACAACAAACUCAGCCAAUCUCAAUACAACAACAGCCUGGUCUACUUUAUGCCAAUGGUAUUUACUAUGCACCUGUGAUUCCAGCCACAUACUGUACGUGUAAUUCAACGUGGCUAUCGACAUGAUCAUCAUUAUCACCGUUACCAACCCUCCCUUCCUCUGACGAAUCGUCGGAAAUUUUAUUUAAUUUUUCUAGUUGAUAGUUCAACCAACCAAUAGAAAAUGAUUUUGUUUUUGAAUCGAAACGAAAGGAAAAAAAAUCUUAAAAAGUUAUUUGUUGUUGUAAAAGUUUAAAAAAAUCUUUUUUUUUUAAGACAAAAAAACAUAAUGUGAAUUUAUAAUGUAGUACUUAUGUUAGGGAUGAAAUAUUCGAAAGUUAAUUUAAAUGAAAAGUUUAAAUAAAAAAAAUAAAAAAUUAUUAAAAUAUGAAAAAUAUAAUGGAAGUGAUACAAAUUAAAAAAAAAUGUCUAAGUAAUUUUUGAGGAACAAAAAUUGUUAUAGAAUUACAAAAAUACAAAAAAAAAACAUCAAAAUGGAAAAUUAAUUUAAAAGAGCAAAAAAAAAUGUGAAAAAUAAUUUAUUCGUUAUCGGAUGCCUAACCAAAUGUCGUUUCUAAACAAAAAACAAAAAAAAAAAUAUUUGGCAAUAAAAAGAGUAAAAUGAAUGUUAAACUCUCCGUUUUUUCUUUUUCCUUUUUUUUAAAUGUUUACAACCUUAACUUAUAUUUAAAUGAUUCUUGAAAUUUCCGCAAUUUGUAUGUGUUUAAAUAAAGUUUAAAUAUUCUAAGUUAAUUAAAUGAAAAGAAAUUAUUUUUAAUAAUUAAAGAAAAAUAUGAAGUGAUUUAGUUUAACGAGAUAAAAAAACAACAAGAAAUUAAGUGAAAAAAAACAUAAUUUUAGAUAAUACGUAACUACUAUUACUAAAAAAAACAAAACAACAAAAAAAAACAUAAAAAAACAAAAGCAUAGCACUCUCAAGCAGUGACACAAAAUUUGUUUGUAUCAAAUAGAGGACGGGGAAUUGUUAAAGUUGACGUGUUUGGCAUGAAAAAUAAAAUCAGACAGUCAAAAUUCUCUUGUGUAUUUUCACUAUGAAAAAGAAAUGUCAACUUUAGUCAUUCUACUCCACCAAUUUAUGUAAAUUUUUUGUGCCACUGCUUGACACUGCUAUGAAACAACUUGUGAAGCCAUUUUGUUAAGAGAGAAAAAAGAAGAAGAGAGGCAAUCUAAUGAUUUUCUGUUUUUUUUUUAUAAUUUUAAACAUUAAAAAAAAUUCUCCAACUUUGAGAUUUAAAUGAAUGUAUUUUUGGUGCAAAAUAAAAAUGAAUUGAAAAACCGUGUAUAAUGAGAAAUGAUUAAAUUGCAUUUUUUCCGACCCCCUUUUCCCCCCUGUAAAAAUUUAGAUUUUCAUACAAUUUUAAUGAUGUCAACUCUCUUGUUGGAGUGUGCACACACCGUACAAUAUGAUAAUUAAUUGUCUUAAAGUAUUUUAAAGCUUAAGUCUAAUUACGGAAAAAAAUAUUAAAACAAACAAAAAAAAUCAACAAAAAAAACAACAACAACAAAAUGUAUAAGAAACUGAAACAUUUUUUUUAAGUAAACAAAACAUCAAAAUUAAAAGAGAAAUCAAUUCAUCUAAUUGUGUAAUAUUUCAAUGUUUUUCGAUCCAAUAAAAUUAUUAUCUAUAAAAAAACAAAACAAAAAAAAUAAUUAUCGUAUGAAUAUAUACAAAAAUGGUAAAAAUUCAAUCGAAUCCAGCUUUAUAAUUUUGCUUUCUUUCUUUUCUAAGGACUUAUUGUACAAAAUACAAAAA